AUGUUCAAGCAACUUUCUCAAUUCAGCAAAAACUUUACUGAUGAAUUGGCAAAGGGGCUGAAUGAUGACUUAAGUGAAGAGCAAGAACAUUACGAUAAGAAUAGUGAUCUUCCAGUCGAGAUCCAGGCCAAGCUUAGGAAAUUUGAUAAGUACGAACAGAAAUAUCCCUUGCUACUCAAUGCAUACAAGGUGGAAAAGUCAAAAAGCGAAAAGCUACUCAUUUUACAAAAGAUUUUGAGCGAAAACACUCCUGUAUCAUCUCUUGAUGAUUUUGAUUCACUCACGAAUUUCUUUCACAACACAACACUGAAGACGGACAUGCUCAACGAUGAGAUCAAGCGUCUCUCUGGUCAAAACAAUCAUUAUCUGGCAGAGUUAGAGGAGCUUCGCGCUCAAAUCGACGCAAAAAACCGAAGUGCAGGACAUAUGGACAAGGAUGGAGCAGCGCCAAACGGGAACAUUCAUCACGAACAUUCUGAGGAAGUGCUCAACGAAGUGAGGGCCAAGUACGAACGUCUAGAAGUUGAUCUGGAAGCACUUCAGCAGGAUUACUCAGCCAAGAACGAGGAGCAUGCUAAGGCUUUAGCCACCUGUGAGGAGUUGCAAGGGAAACUCGAAGGGCUUAAAGGGGAGUCUGAUGCUGAACUGCACGAAAUGAAGGAAAGUCUUUCGAAAAGCGAAGCGAGGUUAAAUGAGGAGCAGAAAGCUCAUCAAGUAGUUACAGGUGAACUCGAAGACCUUAGAAAAAUGUAUGAUGAAAGAUCAAUUGAGUUUCAGAGGUUACUAGAUAUGGAGCAAAAAGGUUUUAUCACUGAAGAUGCCACUCAAUUGGAGCACAGUGUCGGUAGUCCGCCAGAAAUAAGUACUGCGGUUCAAGGGACAGCUUCAAAAUCGAAGAAAAAGAAAAAGAAAGCCAAAUCUAAAAAUUGCGAGAAGCCCACCUUCCAAAACAAUACCGAGCGCUCUACAGUUUGGACUAAUGAAUCGAGACAAUUGAAAGAAGCACUCGAAAGAAUAAGGGAAUACGAAUCAAAAUUCAAAGUGAUUCAGACUCAAUACAGUGCUUUACUUGGUGAGGGCACCAGCUCAACUGAUAACGCUGUUGACCUUGACGUCAUUCGAAUCAAAAUUGAACAACUACAUGAUGAAAAUAAAGAUCUAUUGAAGCAACUGCGUGAUAACAAGCAAUUACUUACGUUCAAGUCGGAGGAGUUGGAUAAUAAUAAGGACAUUUUAAAAAGUGUAGGAAAUGAGUUAGUCACUGCUAAGGACAAAAUAAAAGAUUUGGAAAAUGGUGAAAAUGCAGAUGCAGAUCAUUUAAAAGCUCAAUUGGAGGGACUAAGGGAAAAUAAUUCAGAAUGUAUCAAAAACUAUGAAUUAACUUUGAAUGAAUUGAAGCAGCGUAUUAGUUUAUUAGAGGAGGAAAAAUUGAAAGUGGUGGAGGAAUGCAAAAAGCUGAGGGGGUCUGUGGCCAGCAAGCAAAACGAUGUUGAAAGCCUCUCCAAAAACCUGUUGAGAAUCGAAGAAGUGGCUGCAACCCUCAAGAAGGACAAUAGCUCUCUCAGCGAUCAGCUGCGUGAGCUAUCUUUGCUCAAGCGCUCAGAAAGUGCUUUGAAAAUGUCUGUUGGUCAAAAGGAAAAGACGAUUGUUUACUUAGAGCAGCAGAUAAAGGAUUACAACGCGAAGGACGAACAGUCUACCAGAGCUCUGCGAGAAGCCAAGAGAGAGAUUGGAUCGUUGUCCUCUAAGGUCGGCCAACUAGCCAAAGAGGCUGAAAUUUCAGCUAAUAAUACCAAAGACAACAAGCAGUCAUUGGAGAAGUUUAUAGCCGAUAAUGCCACUCUGACUGAAAGAUUAGAAGUAAUGAGCGAAAAGUAUGAAACCUUGAAGGAUGCUAAAAGCGUAUCCUACGAGCAAGUCGGAACAAUCAGAAGACAAUGCGACGAGCUGAACGUUAAGCUCAAAGAGGCCAACAAACGUGCAAGCUACCUAGAAGAGGAACUGAACGAGGUCGCCUCCACAUUACAAGAAAGGACUAAGGAAGUCCAUGGUAUGCGCCGCUUAAUAUCAGAAAGUCAAUCCGCUGAAAGGACCCAGGUAGGAAAGCUGGAGCAAAGUCUGAAGUCUGCGUACGAUGAGAAAGAAAGGUCAGAGAAUGACCUCACCUUACAGCUGGCGGUUUCCAAGCGUAACAUUCAAGAAUUGAGGGAAGCAAAUGAAAGACUGAAGUCAAAGUUACAGGACUACCAUAGCAAGGAAAAAGGGUAUGAGUCAGAUAUCACGAGACUAGAUUCAUUGAGGGCUGAGGUGCAAAAGACAAAGAGUGAAUCAACCGAAGUCGCGCACGCUUUAGAGCAAGCUCUAUCAAAUGUCAAGAUAAGCUUAUCGCAAUCAGAGAAAAAGUUACGCGGGUUGGAGGUAGCUAACGAAAAGUUGAGAGAACAGAACAAUGAUUUGACUGUUAAGUUAGAGAGAAUAUCUAAAAAUUACAAACAAGUCUCCAAUCAGUUAGCUGCAAGUAAAGAACGCACUACAGCAAGGGGUUUGAGUCGAUCUAAUUCAAAUUUGUCCAUUCCAGAUCGAGCCUCUCUUGAAAAUCUCUCUCGCCGGGGAUCAUACACCGGAGAACCUGUACGGGAAACUCAAACAGAGAUAAACGACAAGAUUGCAUACAUAAAAAACGUUCUGCUGGGGUUUUUAGAACACAAGGAUCAACGUGACAUGCUGCUACCCGUCGUUUCUACUCUGCUGCAGUUAGAUAGUAGCGAUGAGCAAAGACUACUAAUCUCAAUCCGGUAG